AAGCGGAACUCGUGCAUUGACAACACGCAAAUUACGCACAGAUGUACGUACAGUACGCGUCAGACGAUUGAAAGUUGGGCGAAGUGUUGGUCUUCUCUUGUUGAUUUCUGAGUACGAAGAGAAAUUUGAUUUUAGACAUGGCUACUACACAAGAUGAAGUUGCAUUUCGUUCAAUGGUUCGGGCCUCGGGUUUAGGUGAGGUAUGGAAUCACACCUCUGACGAGUCCAAAUUUAAACAGUAUGGAUGGAGGACAACGACAAAGGAAGAUUGCUACUCGCCAAACACUCUCGUGGGGAACUGGAACGAAGAAAGGUUUGACAUUGAAAGAAUCAGAGUGCCAAGAAGAUUACCAUCACAGUUUGAGCACUACUUUGAUACAACCUAUGAUGAUUCCUACAAAAUGGAAAGGAAAUCACUGCCUCAUUCACUUGUUCAUUUAGCAGCUCGUGAAGCCCGGGCAUUUCCAGCAUCACAGCCCGAGUUAGAUCCUCCUAGAAUGAAGCAAGAAUAUAACUCAUUCCAGACAACAUCAAGAGCAGCAUAUGUCGACCCUAGACUGAGGACAACACCCCUUAAGUCAUAGUGAGGCUAUACUUACCAGUUAGUUAGUUACCAGAUACCAGUUUGUACACUUUGUAUUUAAUAAUUGCACUCAAAUAAUCUAUAUAUAGCCAGUUACAUGUAUUCAGACUUAUUGAAUGUAAACAUGACAAGCAUUCAUAAUGUGCUAUCUUUCCUCGUAAAGUGAAGGAAUUCCGUCUGUGUCCAUUUUUGUCAGUUUGACCUGUUGUACAUGUAUGUUAAAGACAUUUUUCUUGUUUGGAUGUAUACAUUGAAAUUUAGAGUAAAAGUGUAAUGUAUAAUGUAACUUUACGGCCUUUUAGCUAUUCAUUCAUCACUCUGCUCCUUUGAGGUGAUUAUGAAGUCCCCUUUAAAAAUGCAACCCCAUGGCAGUGUUGUUUUUUUUUAAUUUAUUUUUUUUUCAAUUUAAAAAAUAAGUU